AUGAUAAUACAACCCAGAUACUCGUAGAAGAUGGCUGACACUUUCUCUAAUAGUAAGGACUUUUACUCAUUUCAUCAAAAAUAAUUCAUUGCUUAAAAACCCCAAGCACAACGUUUGGAACAUUUGUCAAUCUCUCAAAGAACUAAAAUUCAAUCAAGCAAGGACAGGACAAGUUCCGAAAUACUGACGGCUUUUAUCAACAGAGGGAUGCUUUCGACACAAUAAAAGGUGUCAAUCUCAAGGCCUUAUGAGAAUUCAUCAAGCAUUCUGAUAAAGUAGAGUUAUGAUGAAAAAAUCACCAGAGAUGAUUUACUGGCGUAACAGGCUCUAUAAACCAUAGAGGAUUUGGAAAAGAAUAAGAAAAUACUUCCACCAUUGAGAUUGUAUGCUGAUAAAUUAAAACUCAAGGAGAGACAGAACCAAUCCAAAGAAAAAGUGGAAACCUUCAAAAGUUCCCUCAUUGAAACUCCCACCUUGCAAAGGACAGUGGUGAGGAAAAAUCGAGGAUUCAUGCAAGGCGAAUAGAAAUCAACUUAUGAAAAUGAACAGAGUAUCCAGAAGAUGGGAAGAACCUCGUCAACGCCUUUGAUGCAGAAGUCAAAAGAGGAAAAGGAAGAACAAGCAACUAGUAGAUCUGGAACUCCUUAAAAGGAAACCUCAAAUGUGAGUCCAAUUAAGAAUCCCCAAAAGACUCUAACAAAGUAAUUGAGUAUUUACACUCCUUAAUAAAAAACAAUUAAGGAAAAGAAAUUACAGAGUGCCUUGCAUUUAUCAUAACCAUAAUAACAACAACAAUAACAAUAAUAAUAUCCUAUCCAAAUUGAUAAAAAAGUAAUUCCAAGGAAAAAAAAGAAAUAAAAUUAAGUAAAUAUCAUCCAGCAGUAAAAUAUAUAAAAAGAGAAACUGACUCUACGUCACACUUCGUAUCGUUGCUUUUUGAAUAAGAUCAAUUUUUCAAAUAACCAAUGCAUUUCCUGUCCCAACAAAUUGGAAGUCCCUGCCUAUUAUUACUACGUGGGUCUUGGGAACAAUGGAAGUUUAGUGAAAAAUAUAUUUCGUUAAAGAUGGUGGUGGUCUGAAGUGGAAACUUUAGAUACCGCAAAAGUAAAUAUGUCAUGGACAUAAUUAAAAUAAAAUAUUUGCAUUGAAUAAUUGCAUCCCUACAAUAUGGAUUCAGGAGCUUAGAGUUCCGAGUCCUUUAUUUUGAGUCAUGAAGAAACCAUUGGGGAUACCAGUGAUUCAGACAUUGAUGUAAGACCCAAAUAAGUGAGCAUUACUGGAGGAAUACAAAAAUAGCAGAGCUCUUCUUAGCAUCAAUAAAAGAAACCUCCAAAUUACUACUCUAUGAAAAGAAUAUUCAAUGCUUAAGAUCUAUAAAAGUUAGUAAAUUAUAUGGAUGAAACUAAUUGUUUUGAUAGCUAAUUGAUUUUCAGUGAUUGCUCUGAAAAAUUACUAAAGGAAAUCAAAUAGUAUAAUACUAUUCAAAGAUUGGACAGUAGAACCCAAAAGAUGCACAACCAUAUGGAAGAUAAUUGGCACUUAGGUAAUAAAAAGGCUUUGUUUUAUAACAUGAGACAUUAUUUUCAAAUCAUCAGAGAAGAUUAUAACAAAUUGCUCCCUGUAACAUUUCAUGUUCAAAAGGGGUUAAACGAUAUAGAAUACUCAAGAUUCUUGGAUUAUUACAACAAAAGAAAUGAGGACGUUCGAGAACUUGAAAAAAAUAGAGACAGGAAAGACAAGAAGAAACUACCCCUAAAUCUUUGGAUAAUCAAACCAGGAGAACUGACUAAUAGAGGAAAUGGGAUCACUGUUUGCAAUGAUCUCAAUGAAAUCAAUAAAAUAAUAAGUGAAGAAAUUCAAGAUUGCAGAUAAAGAACCUAUAUUGUCCAAUAGUAUAUCGAUAAUCCUUUUUUGUAUAAUAAAAGAAAAUUCGACAUCCGAUGUUAUAUGCUGCUCACUUCUUAAAAUGGAAUAUUUAAAGGUUAUUGGUAUUAGGAAGGGUACAUACGAACAUCAUCCAAAGAAUUCACCACAAAAUGCUUAGACAGAUUUGUACAUCUGACAAAUGACGCAGUCCAAUCGAAAGAUUAAGAUUAUGGUAAGCAUGAGCCAGGCAAUAAGAUUUCUUAUUUAGAAUUCUAGAGAUAUGUUGAAUGUAAUUACCCCAAUUCUAAAUUCAACUUUUUCAUUGACAUCUAUCCCAAAAUGAGAGCUGCAGCCUUGGAUAUGAUGAAGGCAACCUAUGGUAAAAUUGAUCCUCACAGAAGGAUUAAUAGCUUUGAGUUAUAUGGGUUGGAUUUUAUGAUUGACGACAAUUUCAAAUUGUGGUUAAUUGAAGCCAAUACCAAUCCCUGUCUUGAAUAAUCUUGUCCUCUUCUUAGUAGAAUCAUACCGACGAUGGUAGAAAAUCUAUUUAGGAUUGCUGUCGAUCCAAUUUUCCCUCCACCAUUUUUUGAGGAAUGGCCUUAAAAUAAAAAACUGUUUAUUCCAGAUAAUGUUAUUGAAAAUAAUAAAUUCGAACUUAUUUUUGACGAAUUAAUAGAGAAGAAGAGCAUGCUUAAUUUGUUUCGCGACAAUAAAAUUGAAUAAGAAUGUUUUGAUAUUGAAGAAGAAGAAGAGGAGGAGGAGAAGGAUUGA